CAGGUACACAAGACACUCUCAGCAUUCAUCAUGAGGGGCAUCAUUUUAGCAUUGUCCCUAGUUAUCGUAGGGAGUCAACAAGUGCAUUACGAACCCAAUUUUAGUUCAAAGACGACAUACAUUUACAAGUAUGAAGGUGUUAUCCUAACUGGUCUCCCAGAAAAAGAUUUGGCGAGAGGAGGUCUGAAAAUUAUCUGCAAAGUUCAGAUUAGUUCCAUGGGACAAAAGAUCCAUCUUCUUAAGAUCAUUUCACCUCAAAUUCAAGAGUACAGUGGUAUUUGGCCAAAAGCUCCAUUUCGUCCAGCGCAGAAACUGACACGGAGACUGACUGCAGAUCUGAAUAAACCUGUGAAGUUUGAAUACAACCGUGGUCGGGUUGGAAAUAUUUAUGCACCCGCAGACUUGCCAGAAAAUAUUCUCAACAUCUACCGAGGCAUUCUGAACAUCCUACAAAUCAGCAUCAAAAAGACACAAAAUAUUUAUGAUCUACAGGAGAUGGGAGUGGAAGGUAUCUGUCAUACAAGCUACCUUAUUCAGGAGGAUAAGAAGGCUGGACAAAUAACUAUUACAAAAUCAAAAGAUCUGAACAACUGUCAGGAGAAAGCUUCGAAGACAAUGGGCAUUCCCUUUACACAGUUUUGUGAAAGCUGUCAACUGAAAGGCAAGAAUCUACGGAGUUUUUCCACAUACACCUACACAAUGCAAACUAAACAAGGUGGUGCAGAGAUUGUUGAAGUGAACAGCCACGAGACACAUCAGUUCACACCAUUCAAUGAAUUUGAUGGUGGAGUUCUGAUGGAGGCAAGACAACAUCUUAUUUUCUUGGAUUCCACAAGUCAAUCAUUGCCCACCACAUCGUACCACAUGGAAAACCGUGGCACUCUGACAUAUCAGUUUUCCAAUGAACUGUUGCAGAUGCCAGUACAUUUAUUCAAGACCUCAAAUAAUGACACUCAGAUUAUUGAAAUACUGGAAAAUCUAGUUCAGAACAACCAAGAGAAGGCUCAUUCGGACGCUCCAUCUAAGUUUCUGCAGCUUAUUCAGCUUCUGCGUUCGGCAACUUAUCAAAGCAUUCAAACCAUUUGGAAAAAGAAAGCACCCAGACCAGAAUACAGGCGCUGGAUUUUGGAUACAUUACCCAGUGUUGGAACAAUUGAAGCCCUAACUUUUGUCAAAACUAAAAUUGAAGAAGGGGCCCUCACACAGUUUGAAGCAGCUCACAUUUUACUUUUUAUGCUCCAUUCCAUCACACCCGACUGCCAUGGUGUGGAUAAUGCUACGGUACUUUUAUACAGUCCAUACAUACAGAGAACUGCCUUCCUCCGCAGAAUCACAUUGCUUGCUUAUGGAUCAUUGGUAAAAAAAUAUUGUGGAACCAUUCAGGUUUGUGCUGAAGAAACUUUGCAGCCACUCCAUAAGCUACUUGUUGAAGCUAGCAGUAAGUCCAAUGAAGACGAUAUUGUCCUUGCCCUGAAAGCAAUUGGCAAUGCAGGACAUCCAGCAAGCAUAAAGCGUAUUCAGAAAUUCCUACCUGGAUUUGGAACAGGAGCUGCAGCUCUUCCAACAAGAAUUCAGCGUGAAGCCAUAAUGGCACUGCGCAAUAUUGCAGCUUUACAGCCACGCAAGGUGGAAGAAAUCACAAUCCAAUUAUUUAUGAACCCCAAAAAUCAUCCUGAAAUACGAAUGAUGGCUUUUGUGGUGUUGUUCGAGACCAAACCAUCAAUGGCUUCAGUGGCAAUAAUUACUGAUUCACUGAUAAAAGAGACCAAUUUACACGUGGCAAGUUUCACAUAUUCAUUUAUGAAAGCUCUAGUAGAGACCUCACUGCCAGAUCUCCAUUCAGUGGCCACUGCUUGCAAUAUAGCAAUUAAACGCCUGAGUCCAAAAUGUGACCAGUUAAGCUACCGUCACAGCAAAGCCCUGCAUUUUGAUACUUUUAAAGAUAAACUAUUGGCUGGAUUAGAAGCUGAUUUCUAUUUAAUAAACAAUGGAGCCAGUAUUCUCCCAACAUCAGCUUUGGCCAAAUUCAAAGUCUAUGGCCUGGGAGGUACAGCAGGUUUUCUGGAGGUUGGUAUCCAGGCAGAAGGACUGCACGAGGCCAUACAGAAGAGCAGUUCUCCCGAGAGAAAACAACCUCAAAGUGAUAAGUCUCAACGCAUCAUGAAAAGGCUCUCUGGGUGGAAAUCAUUGCCUACAACCAAGCCAUUGGGUGUUGCCUAUAUCAAAUUAUUUGGACAAGAAGUUGCUUUUGUUGAACUUAACAAGAAUGAUAUUCAAGAGGCACUGAAGCUUUUCAACAACCCAGUGAAAAAAGAUGCUCUAUUGAUGAAACUCAAAAAGCAGCUACAACAAGGAUUGACAACACAGUGGUCUAAACCUUUACUGGCAACUGAGGUUCGACAUAUUGUGGCAACAGGAAUUGGUCUACCGAUGGACCUGAGUUUACAUUACAGUAUUCUUACAGCAGUUUCAGUAAAUGCUAAAGCACAGUUCGCUCCAAACCCUUCAUCCAAUGUCACGGCAGCUAAAUUGCUGAACUCCACCAUUCAGCUUAACGUUCAAGUCACCCCAAGUGUAGUCAAAGACAUUACAGCGAUUUUGGGAAUAAACACACAACUGAUUCAGACGGGAGUGGAAACAGUGAAAACAAGGACCAUAAUCCCAUUGGACUUUACUGCAAAAGUAAACUUGAAGGAUAAAAACAUCAACUUUGAGACUUCCCCAUUACAACAGGAGGAUUAUUUGUUCUCAGCGAGAUCUCAGGCUUUUGCGUUCUCAAGAAAUAUUGAAGAUUUAGCUGCAGCAAAAAUAACCCCAAUAUUACCAACAGCAGCAGAGAUGGGAAUGAUUAACAGAGGCUUUGGGUUAGCAAGAAACACAUCGCGAGAUUCUAUACACGUCAUGGCAAGAGAGUCUCCUAUUACGGUGCAACAGGGAACGGUGUGCUCCGCUGAAGAGGCGUCAAAUAAACGAAAGCCCGUAGAGCACAAAGUUUGUGUGGAAAGCAGUACUUUCGGAUUUGAAGUCUGUUAUCAGAUUAAAGCAAAAAAUACCGCUUUCAUCAGAGAUUCUCCACUACACAAAACAAUUGGAGAGAAUGCCUUUGAAGUAUCAAUCAGACCAGUUGCCAAGACACCACCGGUCAAAAAGAUACAAAUAGAAAUAGAAGCAGGAGAGCAAGCAGGUGCAAAAGUGAUCCGCUCAAUAAGAAAAGAUAACACGAAACAAAGCGAUGACUCUGAGGACAUAGAACUUCGCGGUAAAAUGUCUCUUUUGAAUUUGAGAAAACUCCGAAAUUCAAAAGAGCAAAUUCAGGGAGGAACGUAUUCAAACAAUUUCCAGCCAACUCGUGUUAACCUGCAGCUAAACAGAAGGAUAUACACCCUAAGGUCACGUGAAUCCAGAUCAGAGAUGAGAAGCAGUGAUUCCAGUUCAGCUUCAUCCUCAUCUCAGGAGUCAAGCUUCCUCAGGGACUCAAUGUCUCCAAUAUUUGUGGUGCUGGCUCAAGCCAUAAUGAGUGACAACAAAAAGAUGGGCUAUCAGACAACUGCCUAUGUAGACAGAAUGGCAGCACAUCCUGCAAUGCAGCUGUUUGUGGAUGAACUUGAAGGAGAAGGCAAGUGGCGAGCCUGCGUUGAAGCUGAAAUGCCUAAUGAACACAGAGCAAUGGGAGUGCUGAAAUGGGGCAAAGACUGCAAGGACUAUAUGAUUGUUGCAAAAGCAUCAACAGGUCAAUAUGAACACCACCCAGCUAUGCUGUUCAAACUGCAGUGGGACAGGGUUCCUCAUUUCCUAAAACACGCUUCUGAAAUAGUUGCUGAACAUCUGCCAGGUGUUGCCUUUAUGUUGGGAUUCUCCGAAAGACAUCAAAAAAGUCCUUCACACCAUCUGUCAGUGACUGCAGCUGCAACAUCUCCAAGAACCAUUGACUUGUUUAUUAAAACACCGAAGCUUGCAUUGAGUCGCCGAGCCAUUGUUAUACCAGUAGCUUUACCUGUUGAUGUCAAAUCUCCAUCGUUGCAACAAAGUGGUUUUCAUAUCCUUCGUGAAUUACCAUUCAUGAUUUUAGCUAAAGAUGAAUGUACGGUCAGGGAAAAUAAAUUUACACCAUUUACUGAGAACAGCUUUGAGUACAAAAUGCCUGGUGACUGUCCCCAUAUAUUGACCCAAGAUUGUACGUCUGAACUUAAGUUCAUAAUAAUGAUCAAACGUGCCACAGAAUCACCUAACUCAAUGUCACUAAUCCUGAGUCUGCCUUCUGGUGGAAUUGAAAUAGAUUCCAUGCCUUCAGGAGACUUGAGACUAUUCAUCAAUGGCACUGAGAUGCCAAUCACAAGACUUCCACUUCCAAAAUCCAUAACUAUUGACAUGGACAAUGAUAGAGUAAUCAUAGAAGCUGCAGAACUUGGCUUGGAGAAGCUUUACUUCGAUGGCAAAAGAAUCAAGGUUGUUGUAGCUUCAUGGAUGACUGGGAGAACCUGUGGUUUAUGUGGAUAUGGUGAUUUAAAAACCAGAAAUGAAUACAAUCUACCAAAUGGACAAUCAACCAAGGAUGUUGUCAAAUUUGCCCAUUCAUGGUUACUGGCAGGAGAGCGUUGCAGUGAUGCAUGUAAACUGCAGAAGAAAAUUGUGAAACUGGAGAAGCAGAUCAAACUGCAUGGACAGGAAUCAAAUUGCUUUUCAGUCGAACCAGUCCUGCACUGUCGACCUGGGUGUUCGCCAAUUAAAACUGUCCCUGUAUCUGUUGGCUUCCACUGUCUUCCAGCAGAUUCCUUCAUAACUGAUAGAGCUGAACAGAGAAGAUUUGCCAAUCUCGAUCAGAAGAAUGAAGAUUUGCAGGAUGUCAUUGAAGCCCACACUGCUUGUUCAUGUGCUUCUGAAUGUACCAAGGCAGAUAUUUGAGAAACUAUUUUGAAUCCAUUAUCGCAAAGCUCUGUCAUUAAUAUUAAAUACAUGUAUUACUAAUGCAAUUGUAAACUGCAAUAGAUAGAGAAGAUUUAAUGAUAAAGGUGAUGUGUUUAACACCUUUUAAAAUGAAGUAGCUCAGAUGUUCUGAAUUGUCACCUGUGACACUUAAUAAACUCAUCGGUCAGCAAACUAAUCCUAUGAAGUUAUGUCCAAUUUAGUGUGAUGCACAUUUUAAAGGAUUAAACAAUUUACAUGAUGUUUCUAUUUACAAAAUGAAGAACUUGAUUAGUUGUCAAGCAAUGCCGUUAAGAGAAUCCAAAUCAGAUUAAAGUUCACACGUGCAUAUCACCUAUGCAUAGAACUGUUCCCGUGUCUGGAAAGGAAUGCACACGGGAGUGAUGCACCCUGCUUACAAAAUUCCUUAGGGCCAAGUUGACAAAAGGCCCAAGUUCCCAAGACAUGGAAACUCCAGAGUGUGCAUUGAGAUACUGCUUGAAUUUAACCUAAAUUGAAUUUAAGCUAAAUUUGCAUUGUUUGCAAUUGAGAGCGCUGACAGGCAAGCUUUCUGCUGCUUGUCCAGCUAGGACCAUCAUACCCAUUAGUAUUUUGGUUUACAGGGUUAACAGGAGCUGAGUGGAAGAAUUCCCUCUUCCCAGUGACCCCUCCAAGUCCUGCUGACAAGCCAGGCUGACUAAUCUGUGUGCAGGAAUUUUACUUCAUGGCCCACCACAGAGCACUGACUGAAUUCCAACAUUCUGUUGUAAAACACAUAAUCUUGGAGCCAGCUCGACCCCACCUACCUCCCCAACAAGGAAAAUAGAUCAAAUAAA